UAUUUCUCAACAUAUUCUGUCCAAAGAAUUAUAACUAGAUUUUGAAUAAAUUCACUUGAGCCCUACCAUCAGCGUGUAAUGUCAGAGCUUCGCUCCAAAGUUAUACAACUAUACAAGCAUCUGCAAUUUUUGGGACGUGAAUAUCCCGGGCCAAAUGGCCCGCAGAAAUUCCGCCAACAAGUACGCGAUGCCUUUCUAAAGAACAAAGAUGAGACUGAUCCAAAUAAAAUUAAAGCCCUGCUAGCCCAGGGCCGUUAUGUGGCCAAAGAAGUCGAAGCUUUGUAUUCCUUGAAGAAGUAUCGUUCCAUCAAGCAACGCUACUCGCAAGAAUAAAAAG